AUGCGAGUGCUUUUAGGUCUCCUCCUCGCGUCGGCCUCGCGAGCCCACGAUCUAUGUCUGCGCUGGAAUGCGUCGACCACGCUUGCGUGCAACGUGUCCACGCCGUGCACGUUACUGACGCGCAACACCUCGUCGUGUGUGCUGUCGGUGGACUUUAACAUGACGGCCGCUUCCAACCGUAGCUGGCUCGGCGACGCGUUCGAGCGCCGUCCAUUCCUCGCUCGCCUCAUCCCACACCUCGACAACGAAGACGAUGAAGACGAUGAAGACGAUGACGAUGAAGGCAACGACGAUAUGGUGUGGCGAUCGCCGGCUCUCAGCGCCAACGAAACACUCCCAUGGACGCUAUGGCUCUCGUGGGGCGGCAACACCAGUGCGCACUUUGACGUUUACAACAGAAAUUUCAACAGCUCGUUGACGAUCGACGACAACACGAUUCGGUUUCCACCGCGCGAACACGCGGCCAAGACGCCCUUCGUCCCGCGGCGCUGGCACGCAUCUUCCAACGCCAGUGCGCCAUACAACGGCAGCUCGACACCGUGCCCGAUGAUCCUCGUGCCGCACAACGACUCGGCCUCCGGCCGACGCUCCAACCAGCUGGCACGCAACGGGACGAUGUUCAACGAGGCGUACUUGGUCAACUUUCUCCAGUACCUUUUCAAUGCGACGAGGCACCGCAGCGACUUGAGCGCAUCCGUCUUGCAUCAGGUCAUUGGCCUGCUGCAAGCGAAUGGCUCGGUCGCAACCGAGGCCAUCCGGCGCUUCCGAGAGCAUCCGCCCUCGAACGACCUGCGUCUCUGGAGUCUUUUGUUUACAGCCAACUCGACCCAACACCGCAACGCCACAGGUCAUCCUGUCGACGUCAUGCGUCCGCUUGGAGACGUUGUGUGGCAAGUUUACCUCGAGUCGCUGGGUGGCUGGAGCCAGCGCACACCUCGUCCUCAACGGCCUGCGAACGCCACCUUGCAGAACGCAACGAGCACGCAUGGAGCCCCGCGCAACGAGACGACGGCGACCAUCACAUGGCCACCCGCGAGCAACCGAUCGUCGGAACAACCAACAAUGGUCCCGUUCCGCCCGGUGACGCCUCGGCCGUCGCGCAACGACAGUAGCAGUGGCAGUGACGCGAACGCAUCAUCGCCAACCAUCACCGUGCCGCCUUCGGACGCAUUGGCAGCGACGGGCCCGGCAGCACCCACGUCGUCGUCGCACGUCGAUGCGAUCGUGCUCUCGUGCGUCGCAGUGGUUGCGGUCGGAUUGCUCGCAGCCCGCGCCUACUCGCGUCGGGAAAACCCCGAAGCCUACAGCAACCUUCAAGAGUAG